AUGGUUGAGAGGGAAAUGGUUACUAUGAUGGUGGAUACCUUGCCUGUAUUUUACUAUGAGAAAUUAGUGGGCUACAUGCCUUCUAGCUUCGCAGGCUUAGCCUUUGCCGGAGAAAGGAUCGAGGUAGGUUUGAAGAGGGGAAAGUUUGAUUACGUCUCCCCGGUAGGUGCCAACAGUAGGAGGACCGAAAUAGCUGGGACAAAGAAGAAAGAGGGAGAUGCCCAUACCGUCACUUCAACACCUGCAUGGCCUAAGCCGCCGCAAAUCCCCUACUGUACUCACCAAUAUGCGCAACAUCAUCUGAGUUUUUCGGCUCACACCGAGUGGUAUAACCCUAGUGCGACCUGCGCAUACCAUGGGGGGACCCCGGGGCACUUGACUGAACAGUUCUUCGCCUUGAAAAGCAAGAUCCAAAGCUUGAUAGAGGCCUGGUGGUUGACUUUUCAAGAGGACGGGCCCAACAUAAAAACAAACCCUCUUGCCAAUCAUGGAGGGGGAGCGGUUAAUGCCAUCGAGGUGAGUAGGUUGCACUGGCCCAAGCUUUUGGAGGACGUAAAGACCCCCAGAAGGUUUAUCUACAAGGCUUUGCAAAAGGUGGGCAUGAUUCCCUGCGGCGGGCACAGAGAAGACUCUUGCUUAAUGCAUCCGGGUGUACCCCAUGACAUGGAAACAUGUUCGGCAAUAAGGGAUCUAUUACAAUGGAUGAUAGACCAAGGCCGGCUUGAGGUCGGCAGUGAGAACCAGGAGGAACAACAUGUAUACAUGCAGUCGGCUGAUGUAGAAGGACCUAAAAAGCCUAAACCCUUGGUAAUAUAUUUCACCAGGAACACGGCUCCCCAAAGACCUCAACACCCCUCGGCAGUGUCGGGCGGUAGAUCUAUUCCAUUUUCUUACAAGAACAACCACGUAGUUCCGUGGAGGUAUGCUUCUCUGGGCGGUAGGAAGGAAGAAGCUAUCGAUAUCAGCUCACUAUCAGCCAAAGUGACCAAUAUCACCAGGCUGAGUGGCAUAACCCGCAGUGGUCGCGUGUUCGGACCCCCUAGCCUGCCGAUACAGCCUGCAAACACUAAAGGGAAAGCUAGGAUGACGGAAGGACAAAAUGUCAAAGUGUUCCCCGCACCAGACGAGGAUGUUCCAACGAAGGAUCUUUCCGAGGGAAGAGAGGGUUGUGGCAAGAAAGAGGUAUCACUCGAGGAGGCCGGCGAGUUCCUCCGCAUUAUCCAUCCAAGCGAGUUCAAAGUCAUUCAACAACUCAACAAAACCCCAGCUAGAGUCUCCCUUCUAGAACUGCUCAUGAGCUCUAAGCCUCAUCGAGCUUUGCUGGUAAAGGUCUUGAAUGAAGCUCACGUAGCCCAAGACAUCUACGUAGAAGGCUUUGGGGGAAUCGUCAAUAACAUCAUAGCCAACAACUACCUCACUUUCGCUGAAGAGGAAAUCCCUACCGAGGGGAGAGGACAUAACCGAGCUUUACAUGCGUCAGUCAAAUACAUGGAACACGUUAUGGCCAAAGUACUCAUCGACAAUGGCUCAAGCCUGAACGUGAUGCCCAAAAGCACCCGCCAAAAGGUAAGCGGAGAGAUCGACCUCCCAGUACAGAUAGGGCCUCAUACCUGCCAGGUUACAUUCCAUGUGAUGGAUAUCAACCCGACCUACAGCUAUCUUUUGGGGCAUCCAUGGAUCCACUCAGUUGGAGUCGUCCCCUCCACACUCCACCAAAAGUUGAAGUUUGUAGUGGAAGGACAUUUGGUCAUAGUAUCAGGUGAGGAAGAUGUCCUGGUAAGUUGCCCUUCCUCUAUGCCAUACGUGGAAGCCGCAGAGGAGUCAUUGGAAACGGCUUUCCAAUAUUUUGAGUUACUAAGCAUCGCCUCCAUAGAUUCCCUCUCUAGGCAGCCCCGCCUGUCCGAUUCGGCAAUGAUGGUGGCCCGGGUGAUGCUGGGGCACGGCUACGAGCCCUGA